AGUGGCGCACCCAGGAGGCUGUGGUGGGAGGAUAACCUGAGACCUGAAGGUCAAGGCUGCAGUGAGCUGUCAUUGUAUCACUGCACUCCAGCCUGGGUGACAGUGAAACCCUGCAGAAAAAAAGAAAAGAAAAGGAAAAGAGAAGAGAAAAGAAAAAAAAUCCUAUACACACAAUGAAUAUAACUAUAAACACCUAAGUAGAUACGAUGAGAAAUCAGUAUACAAAAAUCAAUCAACAUGAUGGGAUUUACAAUUAACUUUUUCUCUUUUGGAAUGCCCAUAAUGUUAAACUACUAGCAUUUCUUUAAAUUUGUCUUUUAAAAUAUUAUACACACACGCGCGCACACACACGUCAAAAUUUAAAUAUAAAUAUCGAGACCUGUACAAUAUGAACUCAGUCUCUCUCUUAAAUUAGCCCCGUAAGAUCAUCACUCAACCAGGAACUCUGGCUGUGAGUCCUGCCGGCAGCUUGGGCUUUCCCUUUCCCACCUACUCACUGCGCAUGUCACUGCCAGUUACCAGCUGCUCCUCAUUCUCUCUGCAAAUCAGGUCAGUGCACUCAGCCACACCUUCUGCAUUCGGCCCAGGUGGCCCCUUCCUACUGCCACCUACCUGGAUUAAGUCCUGGUACCUCUGGCUCAGCCUCUUCCAGUAAGAUAUUUCACGAUGAAAUGACUUGGUUCUGCUGAUUCCCGAAUCAUCCUGCAAACACAUACUUCCUCUCCUCACCUUCCAUGUUUAACGUCCAGCUCUGGCUGGAUCACUUGCCUGCUUACAGAGAACAGGCCCUCCAGAACCUCUUCAACCUCCCUUUCAGGCUCAUUGUCCACUAUCCCUCACUAAUCCCAGUUUCCAUCUCCAGGACUUUUUUUCUCUACCAAGAAUGCCCUCUCUCCCAACAUAAUUAUCUGAAUCCCACCUACCUUUCAAAGUCCAACUCAUAUAGUAUCCCCUCCUUGAAAGGAUGUUCUGCCCUGCUAAACAUGCUUCUUCCUCCUGAAUACGCCUCCUGAACUUUUCUUCUGAUUAAACAUACACAGCUACCUUGAAUUGUGGUAAUUGGCUGCCUCUUUAUUGCUUUCCUACUAAAUUAUAAACCCUUGCCUUUGAAUGUUUUGUUUUUAAUCCUAUAUAGUUUUAUGCAGUGUUGGUAACAAAAAUAUAUUUGCUUAAUAAGCCAAUAAAAAAUAAGGUCUAAAAAAGCAACAAAUUUAAAAGUUCAAUGACUUAUUUUUUCAAGUAUAACCUGUAACAAGCAUAGUUUGACUUAAUCUCACAGCUGGGUUUUUAAGAAGUCAAAUUUCAUUGGUACGCUCCAGAUAACACCCCCACUCCUUCCUCUUCUCUUUCCCUCUCAGACUCUCUGCAGAGUGAGAGCCUCAUCUCAACUUGUCUCUGCCCGUAUAAACACAGAACUUUUGACAGCUUUAUUGUUAAUACUUAUAGACCUGACCACGCAAGGCCCUCAAGAUAGGGUUGUUAAAGGGCUAGAGCCAACUUGAUUCUCUACAUCUGAAACACUUAAUCACAGAGCUCUUCUGGAAUAAUCAAAUCAUAUGAACUCUACCCAGCCGGAUGGAACAGAAACAUUGGCUCAGCUAAAGAGUGGGUGUUUUUCUUAGACUGUGGAAUCAUGGCUGAGGGUCAGGACCUGAAAUAUAUCGAGGUGGAUAAUUGAUGUAUAAUAAUUUACAAAAUUAUUCUUUCAGGCUACAGAGCUACAAUUCACAGUAGUAAAUAUGAGGACCUUCUUAAGGAAUCAGAAAUAUGAGGAUAUGCACAAUAUUAUUCACAUUUUACAGAUCAGAGAAUUGAGGCACAUAAACUUUCCAAGGCUACCAGGCAUUCUAGCUCCAGAAGCUGCACUCUUACCAUUCUGCUACAAGAUAUUUUGAAAAAAAGAAAAAGUGAAAAGAAGUCAAAAGGCAACAGAGUUCAUUGAUUAUUCCAUUGAACAGUCACACCAUGCCAUUCUCACACCCUUGCAGACACAUUUGACCAUGAAAGGUUCCUCAAUGAAAGGUUCCUCAUUAUCUUCAGAAUCCAUAUUUCUCACAUUGACCUUGCAGUUAACUCAAACCCUAGGUCUGGAAUGCUGUCUUCUCUACCUAUCAAAAACUAUACAUCCACAAACCAUAUAAACUCUCAGCCCUGCUGCAAAGCCUUUCCAGAAAAAUAUAAAUGUUUGAAAAGGAUAUUCUGCUACCAAUGACUGUUUAAGCCCAGCCAAGUAACUGAACCAUUCCAACUUCAAUUUACUUAUGAAAAGAAUUUGAUGAUGUAGGAGGUUAUUUCAAUUCUAAAAUACAAACUCAUGUUGAUCUUUCUCAUUCUUGAACUCACAGAUUAUCUAUUAUCUCAAUUUAGUCUGUUGUUUAUCCUUGUGGGCCAUUAAAACUACCACAUGUGUUUCUGUCUCUCCAUUAGUCAAUAACUAAACUAACGAGCAAUUAGUGAGCCAUGUGCCAGAUGCUCUGCUAGGUACCAGAGGGAUAAGUAUAUCACCAAUUUUCACUUAGUAACUAGUGAAAUUUUCAAGUCACGCCUGAGUCAAGAGUUUAGGAGACAUUACAAUGUGUAAUGGAAACCAAGGAAAGUGAAACUGUGGAUAAGGGGGGACUAGUGUAUUUAUGUAUUUAAUUGAUUUCUGACGCUAUCAGUAGCCUCCAAACACAGAAUGUGUUUUUCUUUGGUUUUGUUUUCUUCACCACAGGAUCUUCUGUGCCCAGUACAGCACCUGACAGAUAGAAUACAAUCAAAUAUUUGCUGAAUAAAUGAUUAAAAAAUCAGAGAACCUUCCCACUGUUUGGAACUAUAGAACAUCCAAAGUGAUGAGGGCCUCUGCAUUUAUACUUGCUUAAAUAAGAUUAUGUGAGAAAAGUUUAAAGACACUUAGUAUAGUGAUUAUCAAAUAUAGUUAACACUUGGAAAUGGUGGUGCUUUAAAAAGAUAUUAAUAGAUAAUAUGAAAAUCUCCAUCUCAAAAAUAAUGCAUAAACUAUUUAAAGGAAAAUCACAUCUCUAGGCUUUCAAUGUUUGUUCAUUACUUUUUCAUAUAUUUUUACCAUCUGCCAAAGGCAGUCAUAUCAAAGGGUAAAGAAAGAUGGGAGGAAAACUUAGUAAGAAUUAUAUUAAUCUGUUUGCAAAGUAGAAAAAGAUUCCCAUCACUCAACCUUAUGAGCAGGAAGAGGGAAGGCUGUUUGAGAACCAUUUACUUAACAGAAUCACAUAUUUUGAACACUUCCCUGAAUUCACUGCACAAACAACAUGUUUGCAGACUUCUUAGAUCAACCUCCAACAACGACCCAUUCAGGAGUUAAACAUUUUUCAUCAAACAUUGGAUUUUUCCUUAACUCCAGAGAUUGCUACAAAUCUUCUGAAGUGUCUCAAUGGCUUCAGGCUAAGAAGAGAUUUCUCCCUGUUAUAAGAAGCAAGACAAAUUAGCCAUUUCACUCUCAAACUGCACUAAUGAUCACAUUCUUUCCAAAAGGAACUCUAGAAGACCAAAUGCCCCGAGUUAAGAACAUCAAAACUAACCAGCUGAAGAAACUUUCCAAGUGUAAGACUCUGCCAUUAAAACAUUACUGAGAGGGGACUCAAACAUAGCCUUUAUUCCUUUGUCAUGUUUCUAGCUCCCAAACCAAGCAAUGAUGGCAGUACUGAUACAUAAUUUAAAAGCACACUCCCUUCUACUUUGUAAUACCAGAACUCUAAUUGGACACCCUGAAGCUUAGGACUACUAGCCAUACAAAUAGUAAACUCUUUGUCCACGAUUCACUCACCUGUGUAUUUUCUGUAGAUGUUUACUAGGCUUUUAUUAUAUAAAAAUACCCCAGUCAGGUGCGGUGGCUCACGCCUGUAAUCCCAACACUUUGAGAAG